GCAUGCCCUCCCUCUUUCAUUGGGCUCAACUUUUUCCCUUCGCCCUUUCUUCUACAUAAAGAGAUGGAGACCAACGCAGCCGCAGCGGCCGGUAGAGCUGGUUGGAACCCAUCACCUCAAAUGGAGAGCUCCCAUGGCUCCACGAGGCCGGACCGCAAGACCGUCGAGAAGAAUAGAAGAAUCCAGAUGAAGGCUCUCUGCUCCAAGCUCGAAUCCCUCCUCCCCAACUCACCAACCUCAAGGGAGGGGGCGUCGACGUUGCCGCUACCGGAUCGACUAGAUGAAGCUGUGAAUUAUAUUAAAGGGCUGCAAGGGAGGCUGGAGAGGAUGAAGGAGAGGAAGAAACAAUUGAUGGGAUCCGAGGGGACGAGCCGAGGUAUGGGAAGCGAGAUGGGAAAGGGGAUGAGGUCGUCCCACAUAGAGGUCCAGGACCUGGGCCCUGGGUUACGAGUUGUUCAGAUAAGUAGCCCAGUGGAUCGGCUCUUGUUCUACGAGGCGAUUCGAGUCCUGGAGGAGGAAGGGGGGGCGGUUCUCAAUGCCAACUUCUCGGUGGUCGGCGACAAGGCUUUUCACAUCAUACACUCCAUGGUCGCGGAUCCUAGAGGUGCUUCUGAGGCUAGCAAGGUGUUGGAGAGACUACAGAAAGCUUGUAACCAAUGCUGGCGAUGUUGUUAGCCUACCGUGUGUGUGAGUGCGUGUGAAAAGGGUUUGUUUCAGAUUCAUUAGGGGACGCCGAAAAAUUAUCAGUGGAAAGUAGACUAUUUGCCGUUUUCUGUAACAGGGCUACUAGUUUUUCUUUUUAAUUUAUAAACAUCUCUUUGGUUUGAUUCU